AUGGCGUCGCUGCGGGUGUUGGUGCUUGCCGCCUGCCUACUGGUGGUGGCGUUUCUUUUCGCCAUCCUCGCGUGCACGGUGGUCGUCGACAGCAACGCGUGGCCGCUGCUGCCGCUCAUGCUUUCCCUUGUCGCCCCGCUGCCGUUUCUGCUGUGUGGCCGACGACAGCAGAGUGUCUCCGAGGAGGCCCUGUUGGACGGCCUCGGUCUCUUCCUCGGCGGCGCCCUCGUCGUGAGCGGGCCAGCGAUGGGGUGUGUGUUGUACCACGUCGGCGCCAUCAGCUUCGGGGCGUUUCUGCUCUCUUUAGUCUCCGAGGCGCUGCUGGGAGCCACCGCGUACGCACUCUCGUUUGACGCCUCCGAGGCGGAGGACGCGUUUGAGUACUGA